GCUCUUACUCCAUCAUGACUGCACUGAGGUGUGAAAACACCUGUGAAGGGGGGCGAAACGUCACGUCUCCGGGGGUCCACGUGAGCGCACCCUACAGUCAGAGCCGCCCCGAAGCGAAGCCGGCGUGGCCACGACCGAGAUGCCUGUGGAGCAGAGGAACGACACGUCACUGGAUUAGCGUCUGAGAAUCUGCCUCAGCUCCUCUCCCCUGAGCUCCUGAGAACACCUCCAGAAAGGGCUGGUCUCCGCUCGCUCCUUCCACAUGAUCCUUCCACUCGCCUCCUCACCAGGAUGAACGCAGAGGAGCGAAAUCGGGUUCUGUGGUUUCUGCUCGCCUUGUGUCAACUCAAUUCAGGACAAUCGGACUAUGCACCGUAUUUCUAUGACUAUGGACCCGGAGCUACCCACGGCAACAUGGCUUUGUUCAGCAUCUCAGAGGACACGCCAGUGGGGACACACGUGUACACGCUUAACGGCACUGACCCGGAGGAGGACCCCGUGCGAUACGGGCUGACCUUCGAGCAGGGGUCCCGAGAGUACUUUAGGGUGGACCCCAAGUCAGGGAACGUGACUCUGGUACAGGAACUUGACAGGGAGAAACAAGCUGAAAUCUCAGCCCUCGUCAGCAUCACCGACGGUCGCAACAAGGUGGCUGAGACGGUGCGAAUCUUCGUCACCGACGCCAACGACGAACAACCCGAGUUCCAAAACCUUCCCUUCGCCAUCGACGUCCCUGAGGACACAGCCCCCGGCAGCAGUAUCUACAAGGUCACCGCCGUGGAUAAGGACAUGGGCUCGGGAGGCAGCGUCUCCUACUACCUGCGGAGCUCACCCCUCACUAAGUUCACCAUCGACGGGCACAGCGGGGUGCUGCGGAUCAGGGCCAACGAGACGCUGGACUACGAGACGACACCGGCACACUUUGUGACUGUGGUUGCCCAGGACGGAGGCGGGAAGUACAAAGGCCAGCACCAGGUGAUGAGCUCCACGGCGACCGUCACCAUCACUGUGGUCGACGCCCAGGACACGCCCCCUUCCUUCGUCGGCACGCCCUACUUUGGCUACAUCUAUGAAGUCUCACUUCCUGGUUCUGAUAUAUUUACAGUAUAUGCCAAGGAUGGGGAUCAAGGCAACCCAAACUCUAUUCAUUACUCUAUUAUGAAUGGCAGUGAUGGCGUCUUUGACAUAAAUAGCACCAGCGGGUGCAUCAGCCUGACGACGAAUCCGAGCCAGCUGAAGAGUGAGUUGUAUGAGAUCAGAGUCAAGGCCAUCGAGGAGGGCAGGGGCGAGGGGCCCAUGGACUACGACAUCACCACGGUGACGGUCCGAGUGGUGGACCUCAACAACCACCCCCCCACCUUCUACGGGGAGACGGGCCCCCAGAACCGCUUCGAGGUCACCAUGUUCGAGCACCCCCCCGCCGGCGAGAUCCUCAGGGGAUUCAAGAUCACCGUCAACGACUCCGAUCAGGGAGCCAACGCUAAGUUCAAGCUGAGGCUGGUGGGUCCGGGUCGUGUGCUCCGCGUGGUGCCCCAGACGGUGCUGAACGAGGCCCAGGUCACCAUCAUCGUGGAGGACACCUCAGGGAUCGACUACGAGAAGGGCUCCACCUUAACCUUCAAGCUCCUGGCCAUCGAGAUCGACACACCAGAGAGGUUCAGCGCCACGGCCGACAUCAUCAUCCACCUGCUGGACACCAACGACAACAUCCCCGCGUUCACCUCCGAGUACUACAUCGCCCGCAUCGACGAGAACUCCCCCGGGGGAUCCAGUCUGGUGUCCGUCACGGCCAUUGAUCCAGAUUCUGGGCCUUGGGGUGAAGUCAAAUACACGAUUUACGGAUCAGGAUCAGAUUUGUUCUCCAUCCACUUCUCCACGGGGAUGAUCUCCACCCAGCCCUGGGCCACGCUGGACGCAGAGGCCCGCUCCAAGUACAACUUCUACGUGAAGGCGGAGGACGGGGAGGGGGAGUACAGCCUGGCCGAGGUCUUCGUCACCGUGCUGGACCUCAACGACCAUUCCCCCGAGUUCCACGAGAGCCUGCUGGAGGAAACCAUGGUCAUCGGAGCCCCCGUGAGGAUAGAGGCGGUGGACGAAGACGCAGAGUCCCCCAACAACGUCAUCGAGUACUCCAUCAUGAAGGCGGACCCCAAGAACAUCUUCGACAUCGACUGCAACACGGGCGUGAUCAAACUCAAGCCCUACAUCAAGUCCAUGGAGAUCAUCCACAACAUCACCAAGUCGCAGGAGUGCAAGUGGUCGCUGCUGGUGGAGGCCCGGGACCGCGGCUCGCCCUCCUUCAGCACCACGGCCGUCCUCAACAUCGACAUCACCGAGGCGACUCCUCUCAUGGCGGCCUUUUUAAAGAGAAGUAGGGGCAGUCCUAUGAAAGUGCUAGGCAUGGUCACGGGUAUCAUUAGCUUACUGGUAGGAGCGACCGUGUUGUUUUCCACCGCCAUGUACUUACGCAACACCAAGUCAAACAGGAUCUCGCCGGCGCGGCGCAUCAUCAAGAGGCGCCCGCGCCACCCCGAGCCCCCCUGGUCCUUCCGGAUGCCCAUUUUCAGGGACGCCGGCCCCUCCAGCAAGUUCCUCGCCGACGACCCCGAGGGGGGCUGCGCCGACCGGGGCGCCGGGGGGGCCCGUGCGAAGCCCCCGCCGCCCAACGCGCCGUCCUUGCCUCCGCCGCCGCCAUCCACGGCGAGGACGAGCGAGAGGCCCCGGGUGCUGCCCACGAUCUCCGGCGUGCUGGCCUCCAGGAGCUUCAAGAAGCCCAAGGCCAGCUCCAGCUCCAGCUCCGGCUCCGGCCGGAAGGAGACCAUGAGCUCCGCCCUGGUGUCUGAGCUGAAGAUGAGGCUGGAGCAGAAGAUCAACGAGAGCAACCAGGGCUACUGCUGACUUCCUGUCACGCCCGCUGGCCGGCCGGUUUCCUGGAGCUGUGGUGGAGCGGCCAUCGCUCAGUGGCCCCUUGUAGUUCAUGUGCGCUCUCUCCUGUAGUCCCGAAUGGAUGAUAACCCGGGGAGCUGCAUGUUUAAAUAAUGUCAGUGAAACGUAAUGGUCAAGUUUAAGUGAGAUUGCGGAAGGAAUUGGAGAAGGCGUGGUUGUGUUAUUACCCUGAGAGGCUCACUGCCAUCUAGAGGCCGGUGACGCCAUGUAAACAAGCGUUCGGAAGCACCUCUCAACUUACCCAGGAGAAGGAUUAUUAAGAGUUACUGUCUGUACUGAUGUGUACAUAGGUCCCAAAAUGAUUUCCUGAGAGGCAUAUACAAUGUUGAAUCCAUGGAAUGUUUGUCGGAAGAGAACCAAAAAUAAUCAAUGAUAUUUAAUGUAUGCUAUUGCUUGCUGGAGGAAGAUGCAGAGAGGGUAGAAUAGUUAUGGCUAUUCAAAUAUAUUGCUAAAAAAACUGUAGUAUUGUCCUUGCAUUGGCUGCUUGAGAUGUAGGAUUCAUAAUUUGUUCAUUGUGUGUAUAUGACUAUGAUUAUGUGCCACUGUGGGCAUUCAACGUAAAACAUUUGUGGUAUAUUAACAAUAUGCUUUUCUACUAAACAAGGUUAUAAAUUAUGUUUUUUAUUGAUUAUCCUGUUAUUGUAUUUAGUUUGGGGGGAAAACGGGGCAUUGCAGAACGAUUUAGGAACCAUUUCAAACGUGUUAGCAUCCUGCAGAACGAAUAGCCAAAUAAGCAGUAGAUAUAAAUUAUUAUUAUAUCAAAAAUCGACUACUAAUGAAGCUAUACAGCUUGAUUUAAAUCAACCUUAGCGACAUGUAUACUAAUCUUCUAAACCUUACUUCACUUGUGAAGACCUGGAGUGUUUAAAUUUCUCAGAAAUUCAUGUAUUAUAAAAUGUAUGGCUAGUUUCACAGCUAACAGCUAACCGUCUUUGUUCUGUCCAAUGCCUUUAAACCCUAAAGGCAAAACUAUUGUUACACAUACCUCUGUUCAUAUAUUAACCUGUAUAUAAUAUAUUACACUUGCCUAUCCCUUUUAUGUGACCUGUUGUUUGUAAUGUCUUUGUACCGUCCUGAUUUUGAAUAAAUAUCUGAAACAUG